AUGUCCUCUGCUCAUGAUGCCACCACCAAGAUCUCCAUUGACAAGUUCGACGGCGACAACUACGCGACGUGGAGCCGCUACAUGCGUGGCGUGUUCCUGACCAAGUCGGCGUGGCACGUGGUGAACCGGGAGACGUCGCCGACCUACGCGGACGAUCGCGCCAUGGACGACUACGUCAAUGCCAACAACAUCGCUUUCGGACUGAUGUUGCUGCACAUGGACGCAGACUACCAUCACAUCGUCGAUGACUGUGAAGAGGCGUGGAUCGCGUGGGCGCGUUUGAAGACGCUGCACGGCGGGUCGCAGAAGGCUGGACGCAUCUACUUGAAGCGCCAGCUGUUCAGCAUGGAGAUGGCGGAAGGCGGCAAUGUGAUGCAUCAUUGCAACGAAGUCCUCAACAUCAGCGCGAAGCUCAGCAGCAUCGGCGCCAAGAUGGAGGACGAGGACGUGGCGAUCUGCUUGUUGCGCAGCCUCCCCAAGAGCUACGAGAACGUCGUUCUCAACUUGGAGAUGAGCAGCGCGGAACUGCGAUCGCGAGACGUCGUGAGAGUGCUCACGAAUGAGCUCAUCAAGAGGCAAGGUGACAAGACGACAUCGGUGAAGACUGAAGACGCGGCGAAGGCGUUCAGUACCGAGCGUGAACCUCGCCAGUGUACAUACUGCGGAAAAUUGGGGCACACGGCGGAGCGGUGCUGGACCAAGCAGAAGGACGAAAAUCAAGAUGGAGCUCGACGCGGCGGCAACAAUGCUCGUGGACGCGGAGCCAACAACGUUCAGUGGCGAAUCAACAGAAACUACGACGACAACUACGAUCGAGUUGCAUUCGCGGUUUCGCUGCAGGCUGGACUUUCGACGGGCAAGAAUAUGCCAGGGAUGUGGGCAGUCGACAGCGGUGCGACGCAUCACAUCUGCAACGACAAAGCCAAGUUUGCAAGCUUGAAUGAGCGAGAGGAAGGCGAACUAUCAGUGGCUGAUGGCAGCAAGGCUGCGAUCAAGGGUGUGGGAACCAUCAUGGAACGGGUGGUUCUGCCCAAUGGUGACGAACGCGACAUCGAGAUUAAGGACGCGCUGUUCGUACCAAGUAUGAGCAAGAAUCUGCUUUCGGUGCCACAGAUCAACAAGGGUGGAAGGUUCCAAGUCGUGUUCGAUGGAUCCAAAAUGCAAGUGAAGCGCAAGAAUUCCACACAAGUCGUGGCAACAGCGGAUCUCGUCGAUGGACUUUACUGGCUGCGGACUCCUCAACGAUCGGCAAAUGCAGCAACACGCAAUGGGACUAUCGACUUGCAUGCGCGCAUGGGUCAUGCACCCCUCGAAGUUCUGCGCAAGAUGGUGGCCACUGGCAUGAUCAAGGACGCCAAGGCACCUCUCAACUCGACUGGUCCAAGUGUGUGUCGCGGUUGCCAGCAAGGAAAGAUGGUCCAAAAACCAUUCCCAACCAACCGUGACAAACGCCAAUAUGGUGUGUUUGAGUUGCUGCACUUCGACAUCUGCGGGCCAAUGGAACAAGUCUCGAUCGGCGGCAGCAAAUACUUACUGCUUGUGGUUGACGAAGCUAGCGGUUGCAUGAAGGGCUUCUGUCUGCGGUCCAAGUCUGAGAGUGAAGACUGUAUCAAGAACCACAUCAUCAAGAUUCAAACUCAGUUCGGCACGAAGAUCAAGUUUGUUCGGCACGAUGGAGCGCAUGAGUUUGCGACCAACUCCAUCAAGACCUUCUACGAAGAUCAUGGUAUCGAACAACAGAUCACGGUGCCGUAUGCACACCAGACCAACGGCACCGCAGAACGCGCGAUAAGGACCAUCGUCACGAUCGGACGCAGCUUGUUGCAUCAUGCAAAACUGGAGAAGUGUUUCUGGGCUGAAGCGGCAAUGACGGCGAUCUACAUCAAGAACCGCCUGCCUUCACCCAAGAUCGACCACAAGACUCCGUUCGAAAUCGUGUACAAGUCGAAACCAAGUGUCAAGCACAUGCGCGUGUUUGGAUGUCGGGCGUUUAUCCUGACACCAAGGUGUUGUAAGUGCAUGAUGUGUUGUAACUUGAGCGCGAGGCGAAGAGAAAACGAAGCGGAGAGACCGGAGAGAACGAAGCAGAGAACACUUGCUCACUUGAGGGAGGAUUCGAAAGUGAUUGAUUUAUAG